AUAUCAAAGGCUAGCUAUCCACCAUUUAUCCUGGAGCUGUUUCUUUGGGGAAAUAUCAUCGAUGAGGAGAGCGAGUGUGUUUUGAAUAAGGAUCAGGCAGAAGUAGUAUUCACUCUGAAAAAGGCGGAAUUUGGUGUAGUUUGGCUUAAUCUCGUAGAGGAUCUGGAUAACCAGACAAAAAAGGAACGCAGAAUACAUGCCUUACAGGAAGCUCAAGAAUUGAGUGUAAAGCAAGCCAAAGCUAAAAGUGAAAAAAGUAACAGGCUACAAAAACAAGCAGUCACAGCCCAAAUCAACUUGGACACCGGUGUUCUGAACCAAAUAGAUGCUCGACGCGAUUCUGAGCGUAAAGAAGCAAUGAAGGAUCUCGAAAAUUGGAGGUCCACCCACGAAAAUCCAAUAUUGAUGGACAUAGAAGGCAAGGAGCAGGAGAACAGAAAGGCUUACAGACCUGCACUGAAAUGGUUCAAAGAUGAAUCUGGUGAGCUGAAAUCUAGAAAGAUGACAGAAACGGAAAUACUCCGUCAAGGAACAACAAUCGAAGUUGAAAAAACUGCACCUUCCAAAGAAACCAGUCAUACAAACUCAGACAACAAACCAUUGCCUGAAAAAUCUCCGACACAAGAAUCGCCCGCUCCAAUAUCCGAGAGUGAAAGCAACGGAAUAAUUCAGAAUGACCAGAAUUCGAAUGUUACUGAUUCCAGUACUUCCGAUGAUUCCGAUUGUAGCACCACAGAUAAUACUUGCCAGUCGACAACGCAGAGUUUUAUUAAACGGUUGAACCAAAAAAGAUUGGAAAAAUUUUACAAGGGAAAAGCAAAAUCCCAAUCUGGACCAAGAAAGACGUUCACGAGUAAUGGAUCAGCCCACAUGCUUUUCAAAAAGAAUGCCAUUUUUGAUGAGCCAAAAAAGGCUGUGCCAUUACCAAGGAAAACUGGAACGAUCGACAUCACUUUUUCUGAGCGUAUGUUUCCAACUCCUGCCAGGGAAAGUCACCAAGUAGAAGAGCAAGAGUGGCUGGAAAAGCAGGCCGAAGCACGCCGCCAAACUGGUUUUAUUGUAGAAGACUUGAGACCCGAAGAACUGGAUCCUCAGUGGCUCAAGGAUAAAGGAGAUGAAUUUUUCAAAGCUGGAAAUUAUUUGGGUGCAAUCAGCGCUUAUACCCAUGGGAUAAAAUUAAGUUCAAAGAUGUCAUCUUUAUAUUCUAAUAGGUCGGCGGCGCAAUAUGCGCUUGGUAAUUAUUUCAAGUGCACCGAAGACUGUUCUAUGGCCUUGGAGUUGAUGGUACCUCAUUGUCAGGGAAACUUGGAAUCUCGUGUAAAAUGUCACGCCAGACGUGGUGCGGCGCUUUGUAAAUUGUCCUCACCCCAGCACGGAAUACCAGAGUUGGAAGCUGCUCUUAAACUCGAUCCGAACAAUCUGACUAUAAAACGUGAUAUACUGGCCGCCAAACAGUAUUUCAAUAUUCAGGAUUAGUCUGAGUGAUAAUAAAUCAGAAACACUCGGAACAGGAAGAGAAUGUUAUCCAAAACUGAAUAGCCUGUGUGUCUUCUGGGACAGGCACAUGACGAAUGAUAAAAGCAAAAAUAUCGUAAUUAGUAUUUAUUAAAAAUACGCAAGAUAUCACAACAGCCAUUCACUCUGUCCAUAAUAUAAUUCUUAGCAGAAUCGAAGUCGGUUUUUAGAAAUAUAUUUCAGUUGCAGAUAUUAAAAUAAAAAAACUAGGUCAUUGUACUUAUACUAAGGAAAAUUUUCUUUGAUAUCAAAGUAUAAAAAAAGUAUAAAUUCA